UUGUUCAGGUUGGCCAGUGAAGGGUUUGGAACUUGGAGAGCGCGGCGGAUGUUCGUUGUAGAACUUUUACCACUUUUACUAGCAGUAGCUGACAUUCAGUUUACGCAUUUUUGUAGUAAAUAUGCAAGUAACAGUAGUUGAGACGCCAGUUCUAAGCAUACAGUGCAAUUGGAGCGAUGUAUUGAGAGAAAGAAACGGAGAUGCUUGGGUGACUUGCAAAUGUCGAGGUCAACCAGGUAUUCAUGGCAAACUCAAAAGAACCGGUCUAAAUCCAGAUGGAACUCCGGUGGUUUCGGCGUCUGAUCGGUUCCAAGUGCUUGGCGUCACAAAGAACUCGAUUCGUGUUUCACACACGGAUCCGAAUUGCGAGACCUGCUUUCUGAAACCCACCACAGCAUUUUCUAACAUCCACCAAAAAAGUGUGCCUUGUCUCGAUGUCACCAGUGGAUUUCUUGGCGUGUCCGUCAGUGGGUGUAACGAGAUGCGAAUCUGGGACACACGCACCGGGGAAGUAAGGAGGGAGUUGGAGGGCCACGUGUGGGACAUCUACACCUGCCGCUUCUUCCCGUCGGGGGUUGUGGUUCUGUCCGGCGGAGCGGACAUGCAGCUCAAGAUCUGGUCUGCCGAGACAGGGAAGUGUCCUGUCACAAUGAAGGGUCACUCUGCAGCGAUCCACGACACCUGCGUGGUGGACCAAGGACGCAACGUCAUAUCGGCGAGCAAGGACGGAACGGCCAGGCUCUGGGACUGCGGACAGUCUGCCUGCCUCAGCACGCUGGCGGAAUUUGAGCACGACGCCAUCAACUGCUGCACCCUGGGGAGCUCGGCGGCCAUUGAUUUGGGCUGCAGGGAGGAGCCGUCAAACGACAGGGAAGUUGGCACAGAGGGAAAGCUACUCGUAGUCGGGACUGAAGCAGGAACCCUUAGGGGUGUCGGAGUGCAUUCGAGACAGACGGUGUUUGAGUUGAAAGCUCCUUCUGCCAUCAACUGCUGUUGUUCCAUGGGGCAGAACCGUUUCUUGUACGGAACACAAGACGGGGACAUCUACAUGCUCGAUGCGAGGCAGCCCAGGGAACCAAGCCUGACCUGGGCAAACUCGUCUUCACCUGCCCUUUCGUUGAUCACUCACAAGCAAGGUUUCAUGGUUGGGAGAGCUGACGGUUCAUGCAGUUUCGAGCCCCUGGAAGGCGCCCAGUCGUUCUGUUUGACCGGACCUGACUGCGAACCGGUCUACCACAUUGCUUCCGAUGGAGAAUGCAUUUACACUGCUUGCAGAGAUGCCGUAAUAAGGAAAUACAAGAUGUCGGAUUUCUAGAAUGGCUCCAGUCUCUUUCUGUGUCAGUUUUGUGUAGCAAGAACAUGACACUAGCAUAGAAAGGGUUUUACGGUGGUCUUGCUUUGUUGAGAUGCUGGGUGCCCAUUUCCCAUCAUAUUUUUUGGUUGGCAGAUCUUUUAACACAAUAACACAAGCAACCCCAAAUUAGGUUGUUCUUUUAUAUACAUUUUUAUUUACAACAGUGCUGGAAAAUUCCUCACCGACGUUAAAAUUCUGAAGGCUAGAAUAUAACUUGAGAUCUGAUAGUGGCAUAAAAUAAGCAGUAAAAAACUGCUUGUGUUCAAACAUUGUGUCUGUCACUGUUGUGUAAAGUACA